AUCAAGUUCAAGGACGCUAUUGGGAGGAAAUUCUCCUUUCCCUUUGCACUCUGUAAGACCUGGCAAGGGAUGGAAAAGCUCAUCAAGCAGGCGUUUAUGCACAUUGAUCAAAUCGGCGAUCAGGUUCACGCAGGCCACUACGAUCUCACUGGUCCGGACGGUGAAAUCAUCCUCCCGCAGGUAUGGGACACAGUGAUUCAACCC